AUGCCUGCGCCGCGGAUGGCACACAGGGAGGCGGUGAGGUGGAUCUCAUCCUCUUUCGCUCUCCAGCGGGGAGCUGUCCCUUUAACACGGGAGGAGGGGUCAAGGCCAGGGGAGGCUGGCAGAAGCCGGGCAGAGCUGGUUCCAGUUAGGCUGUGGGCAGCAGGCUGCAGCCAAGUUGGAUCCGGGACUCUUGAGCAGAAAGGCCGGGAUGGAGACUCCUCUGGCGGAGUGUGCUAAGGGCGGGCACUUCCACGUGGUCACGCCUCUGCUGGAGAGCUGGGCGCUGUCCCAGGUGGCGGGCACCACCGUCUUCCUCAAGUGUGAGAACGUGCAGCCGGCCGGCUCCUUCAAGAUCCGGGGCAUCGGGCACUUCUGCCAGGAGGCGGCCAAGAAGGGAUGCAGGCACCUGGUGUGCUCCUCAGGGGGCAACGCGGGCAUCGCGGCUGCCUACUGCGCUCGGAAGCUGGGCAUUCCCGCCACCAUCGUGCUCCCCGAGGGCGCCUCCCAGCCAGUGGUGAGGAGGCUGCAGGGGGAGGGGGCUGAGGUGCAGCUGGUUGGAAAGGUCUGGGACGAGGCCAACCUGAGGGCCCAGGAGCUGGCCAGGAGGGACGGCUGGGUGAACGUGCCCCCGUUCGACCACCCGCUGAUAUGGGAGGGCCAUGUCAGCCUGGUGCGGGAGCUGAAGGCGGCCCUGGGGAGCCCCCCGGGGGCCCUGGUGCUGGCAGUGGGGGGCGGGGGGCUCCUGGCCGGGGGGUCGGCCGGCCUGGCCGGGGUGGGCUGGCAGCACGUGCCCAUCGUCGCCAUGGAGACCCGAGGGGCCCACUGUUUCAACGCGGCCAUGGAGGCAGGCAGGCUGGUCACGCUGCCCAACAUCACCAGCGUGGCCAAGUGCCUGGGUGCCAAGACGGUGGCGGCACGGGCCCUGGCGUGCACGCAGGAGCUGCAGAUCCUCUCUGAGGUGGUGGAGGACAGCGAGGCUGUGGCUGCCGUGCAGCGGUUCCUCGAUGACGAGCGCAUGUUGGUGGAGCCUGCCUGCGGGGCAGCCUUAGCUGCCAUCUACUCGGGCCUCCUGGGGCGGCUCCAGGCCGCGGGCCGCCUGAGCCCCACACUGGCCUCCGUGGUGGUCAUCGUGUGUGGAGGCAACAACAUUGACAGCCGAGAGCUGCAGGAACUGAAGGCCCAGCUAGGCCGGAGCUGAGGCUCCUGGAUACUCCUGGAGCUGGCGAGGGGCCUCUGUGCUCACAGAGGGCACUGGAAGCUACCCUGGGCUUCUGGACUGGCCGCCUCCUGCAGGAAGCCCUCCUGGACUGCUCCCUUCAGCUCCCCCACAGCCCUGACCAAUAAACUCUUCCUGAGUUGA